ACAGCGGGCGGGCGGACGUUCACGCGCACGCAUGGCUUGUUUACGUUUUUCAUAACCACGUUUCUACUAAAAAUACUUCAGCAUCCUGCCGUUUGAGGCUCACGCGAUUGGUCAGCGGUGGCACAGGAAACCGGGGAGGACUUGGGGCCGGCGGACCCCGCCGCCCGCGCUCCCCUCCUUCUUUAUACCACGGAAAGUAUUCGAAAGCCCCGAAUACCGUGAGGCAGCAGAAAAUAACCCUGAACGCUGGAAACAUUCGGAAUUGUGGCCAGUCGUGUUGUGCGUCUCACAGUGUUAACUAGUGACAUCAACCAUGGUUCUGGACACCGAAGACUGGGCCGAUGAGCUGCCCCCAGAACAGAUCGCCGUCCUCCGCAAAGCCUUCGACGGCUUCGACCACAACCGCUCGGGUAGUAUCCCCUGUGACUUCGUGGCUGAUAUCCUGAGAAUGAUGGGGCAGCCAUUCAACAAGAAAAUUCUCGAGGAGCUUAUUGAGGAGGUCGACGCCGACAAAUCUGGUCGUCUAGAAUUCCCCGAGUUCGUAACUCUGGCCGCUAAGUUCAUCGUUGAAGAGGACGCUGAGGCCAUGCAGAAAGAACUCAGGGAAGCGUUCAGAUUGUACGACAAGGAAGGCAACGGUUACAUUCCCACGUCGAGCCUGCGCGAGAUCCUCCGGGAAUUGGACGAGCAGCUGACUGACGAUGAACUCGAUGGCCUCAUCCAAGAGAUCGACACUGACGGAAGCGGCACUGUUGACUUCGACGAGUUCAUGGAGAUGAUGACAGGGGAAUAAACAUCUAUUUCAUUUCUAUUUAUUUAUUAUGAUCUAAGUUAAGUUAUCUCUACGCGUUGGCUAAUUCAACCCUUCUAAUCUGGGAGCAUUGGACAUCAGUUUGCAGCUACAAAACAAUUUCUAUCGGCUAAUUUUUCAAGUAUUAUGUAUGUAUUGUACAAACUGUAAUUAAUUGUUCUUAAUUGAUCGGGUGUGGUUGAGUUAUAUUUUAUAUUAUCUACUGAUUAAUAAAUCUUUUAUUCUACUGUCUA